AUGAAUAUGUCCUCCAGAGCUUUGAAGCACACCUCAGCUGCCUUGCCCAUUGCCCUGCUGGUGGCAGCAGGGCUGGGCCUGGCUGUGUUUGCCUUGGUCAAAGCCCGUGCUAGGAGGAGGCUUUGCUGGAACCGGAGCUACGAGAGACUGAGUGGCGGCAGCAUCAAUAUGCCCCACGGUGUGCCAGAGCCAGACAGCGGUGAUGAAGUAGAUGUGGUGUACACCUCCAGGGGUGGGUCAGUAUACCGACGCUACAGCUUCAUCCAUGAGCAGGACACCGACGCAGACCAAAACAUGGAUGAAAACAUGUGUCUCAACUUCUACAUCAAUGCCACAAAGGACUGUCCAGCUUUCAUUGAGAAGAGGAGUUUCAUUACGGUGCCUCUGAGUGAGGAGGAGAAACAUUUCCCUAUCACAUUCUCUAUUGUGAUCCAUGAGAAGAUUGAGAUGUUCAAGCGACUCUUACGGGCUAUUUACGCUCCUCAGAACAUCUACUGCAUACAUGUGGAUCUCAAAUCACCUUUGGAGUUUCAGACGGCUUUAUUUGUAGAUCUGCCUGGCUGUUUAGCUAUCAUCACUGGAAACAUAGAAGGGAAGAAGACCAACUUAGAAGCUCUUCUAGCACCCAGGACGCGAACUUCUUUGCCUGCAGACUUCUACAUCACUGCGGCAAAGGACUGUCCAGCUUUCAUUGAGAAGAGGAGUUUCAUUACGGUGCCUCUGAGUGAGGAGGAGAAACAUUUCCCUAUCGCAUUCUCUAUUGUGAUCCAUGAGAAGAUUGAGAUGUUCGAGCGACUCUUACGGGCUAUUUACGCUCCUCAGAACAUCUACUGCAUACAUGUGGAUCUCAAAUCACCUUUGGAGUUUCAGACGGCUGUGAGGUCUAUAGUUUCCUGCUUUCCUAAUAUAUUCAUAGCCAGUAAGUUAGAAAGUGUUGUAUAUGCUGCUUGGCCCAGAGUCCAGGCAGAUCUGAACUGUAUGAAGGAUCUGCUGAACUCUAACGUCCAGUGGAAAUAUCUGCUGAACACCUGCGGGACAGACUUUCCCAUCAAAACAAACAGAGAGAUGGUCAUGGCUCUGAAAGCCUUAAAUGGCAGAAACAACAUGGAAUCUGAAGCCACUGUUCCCCAUAAAAAACUACGCUGGCAGUAUCAUUUUGAGGUCACUGGCACUAUCACACAGACAAAUGUGAAGAAGAGUCCUCCACCCAUCAGCAGCCCCAUGUUCCAAGGAAAUGCCUACUUUGUUGUCUCAAGGGCUUUUGUGAAACAUGUGAUGGAGGACAGAGAAGUGCAGAAAUUUAUAGAAUGGGAGAAAGACACAUACAGCCCAGAUGAGCACUUCUGGGCCACUCUUCAGAGGAUGCCUUCUGUUCCAAAAUCAAUGCCUGCCAAUGCCAAAUAUGAUACGUCAGACAUGUUAGCUAUUGCUCAUGCUGUGAAAUGGUCCUACUUAGCAGGAGAUGUUAACAAAGGAGCCCCCUACUCUGAUUGCACAGGAAAAUACCAAAGAGAGGUAUGUGUGUAUGGAGCUGGUGACCUCCUGUGGCUGCUGCAACAACACCACCUCUUUGCAAAUAAGUUUGAUCCUGAAGUUGAUGAUGUUGCCAUCAGAUGUAUGGAGUCAAUUCUGCGUUUCAGAGCUUUAGGUCAAGAUUCUUUAAGCAUGAAAUUUGGUACGCUUCUCCAAUUCCCUAGAUACUCUGCUUGCAUAGCCUAUGUUGUCAGCGCUCUGAAAGGAGAAGCGCUCCAAUCCCCCCUGCAACAGGAGGAGGUGGCUCAAAAACUCUUCACCAUGCGCCAAAGAAAAGAGACGGUGGCCAUAUUUGCCAUUCACUUCCGCAACAUUGCAGAGGAAUCCGAAUGGGCGGCUUCAACUUCUGAACCUGAGCCAAUGCAGUUUGGAAAGACUUGGCUCUCCCCCGAGGAAUGA